GCUUCCAAUAGCGACCAUACCUUAGGUAGGUAUGGAAGUUUAGAAAGCACACAAUUUUCAAACCUACCUAGAUAUAGUGUUUCACAAUACGUCCCUUAUCCAAUUCAGCCCCGAGUCACUUAUCUCAUCCAGUGAGGUAAAAUGCCACUCACGGAGUGGAAGAUAAGGACAUACAUGAAAACAUGUACCCUACUUUGUAGAACGUCCGGCCAAAGAACCUUAAAUUAGAUUGGAACGAAAAGACAAAUUUGCAGGCAUUAUUUCUCUCCGUUCUGUACAGGCCUUCAUUAAGCGGAAGCCAUGGGAGCCAAGCCAUAUGACCUAGAAGCUCAGCAAGCCAACAAAGACGCCCCGGGAGGAUCCACCGUCACAUACAUGCGGUCCGGGCGCGGCGGAGCAGGCAACUUCGUCCAGCCCUCCACGCGGGAAGAGAGUCAACCGGCGGAUGACGGCGACGAUACCCAGCGCACCAAGGUCACCGCCACCGCCGCCGCCGCCGCGAGCGGAGCUGGCCCAAAAGCAGGGCUCACCGGGCGCGGCGGCGCGGGCAACUGGGCCAGCACGGGGCAGACGGCGGGGCCGGACCAGAUGGCGAGGCCGAAGACGGGGCCCACGGGGCGCGGCGGAGCGGGCAACUGGGCCGCCAGCGCGGGGCAGGCCGCGCAGGCAGAGCUGAUGGAGAAGAAGACCAAGGAGGACCUGGAGGCGAGGGUCUUGCAGGACGUCGAGGGGGGCCUGGCCAUGCCGCCGCCCACGUAUCGCCAGCGUGGUCGGAAGGAGGUUGAGUGAGGUGGCACACAGGGCCUACUCUUACCAGGGCCCCAGCACCACGUUCACGUUCGAGAACGGAGCUGUCUUCACGCUGGAAAACAAGGGCA